AAUCCGGACUGGAGUCUGGCAUUGAGCGCACCUCGAGCGUCGAGGCAGUUCAUUCGGUUUUAGCUAAACAGUGGUCAGGAGCAACAUCCGCCGGUGUGCCCCCUACAGAAGACACCAACACCAACCAUAAUAUGUCUGCAGCGUCACUGGGCGGGAAGUCACUGGCUGUGAGUCAUAGACCAAAGGCACAGGCAAAGAAACAGGAUGGCUUUGUCAGAGUGAGGAAACAAGAUUUAGACAAGUUAACCACAGAAGUCAUGCAGCUGAGGGAGUUCCUGCCCAGAGUCCUGAACAGGGACCUGAUCGAAAUGCUGCACAAAGCUCGAGCAGCUCAGACAAGGAAGGAGCACCUUGCACAGGAACAGGAGCAGCUGCGGCAGGAGUGUCUGCACCUUCAGUCCCGGCUGGAUGCAGUGCAGACUGAAUGUCAGAAAGAGAGAGAGGAGAAGCUGCUGUUACGUGAGCAGCUGUGGCAAAGUGUUGCAGAAUUGCAGCAGCAGGCGGACUUCUGCUCUGGUCUGGGAUCUGCAACCUGCAGUCUGCUGUGGAGCUGCAGUGCCAGGGAGCACACGGUCACACAGUGGCUGGCUGAUGGGAAGCUCCAGUCCUUCCUGGCGGUAGCUGCUCAGACUCUGGAGAGCUUUGUCAGGUCUGUGGACGAAGAAAUUAAAACUCAAACUGAGGACCACAACUCCCAGGAGCACCAGUUUGUGUUGGCUCUGGCUGGAACCAUUACUAACAUAGCAGCAGUAACGUGUGGGCGGGACUUCCUGUCCAGCUCGGCUCAUGUCCUGCUUGACACUCUGAUGAAGCUUCUGGAAUUGAUGAAGCCCGGUGUCUUCCCCAAACUUAAAGUGUUGAUGCUGAUGGCUCUGUAUAAUGUCAGCAUCAGUGUUAAAGGACUGAAGUACAUCAGUAAGAACCUCCUGCGUCUUAUCUGGAGCCUGCUAGAUGAUGGAGACUGGGAGGUGUGUCUCCACUCUCUGCGUCUCCUGCAGUCUGUGUUGUUGGAGGAGGAGGUGCUGCUUCUGCUGGGCUCCUCUCUGCUGGAUCCAGACCUCCAGGCUCGUGUCAGCCGGCUUACCUCCACAGCACAGCCCAGCCUGAGACUGGCUGCCCAGCAGACCCUGGAGGACCUGCAGGCCCUCCAACAGGAUCAGGGAUGUAAACAAAGCACCCUCUGAUGUGGAUUCAGUAUCUUCAAUCCAGUUCUCCUCCUAUAUGAACUUCCCUCCCUUUCACUUUAGAUCUGUCUGUUGUGCUGUUCUUAGCACUUCAUGUGCAAAGUGAGGAGAGAAAGUAAAGACGAAAGUUUCAAAGUUAAACCUAUAUAUUCAAUUAAAAGGAACAACCGUUUAUAUCUGAACUUUUUGCUUUUUUUCCCUAACUUUUUUAACUUGCACUGUUCACUGUUGAGCCUUCAGAUUUGUUCAUGAUUGUUUCUUAAUUGGUUUGCUACCCACGUAAUGUGAAUAUGAUAAUACAGGUUUGUAUAAGACACAUUAAAUAUUAUGUUUGUACACUUUCA